UCCAGUACUUCCCCCCAGCCCCCUCUGUCGCUCUCGGCCUCCUCCCCUCCUCCUCCUCCUCCUCCUCCUCCAAGGUCUCUUCGAGGUGUAAACGAGAGAGAGAGAGAGAGAGAGAGAGAGAGAGAGAGAGAGAGAGAGUUUCUUCUGAUGGUACUCUGGAUUCUGAUGUUUAGGAUCAUGAUCUGAAAGAGUUCUUGAAGAGGGGCAGAGGCUGUUCUGAUGGAGACCAUUCGGAAGCAGGCCAGCAGGCUCAGAGAGCAAGUGGCCAAGCAGCAACAGGAUAUCAGGGUACAUUGCAAUACAGGAUUCUCCCUUUUCCUCUGAUAGUAGGCAGAAAUCAGAAAUCCAGCCUCUGCCCAAUUCCCACCUUUUCUCCUCUCUACCCUUUUCAGUCAUUUGGAAUUUGCAGUAAAUAAUUUUGAAGAUGGUAUUAAGUCUUCCUCUUCCUAAGAAACGACAAGAUAUGUGAAGAUGGUAUUAAGUUUCAACAUGAUGUGACCUACAUGUUUAGUGGUGGCUUCUCAACCCAUGGGCCAGGCUUGGAAUAACAUGUUUAGGUCUGAAUGUGGGGUCGACUCAAUGUUACUUUGGCAGUUCUUCUGCAAUUUAGUCGGCGUUUUGGCCAUGAUUCUGGUCUGGUCGAUGAAGCUGAACUUCAAUGCCACCAAAAGCUUCAGAUGCUCUAUGGUUCUACAAGAGCAGCAAAGCAUCUUCAGCGGGAUAUUGUACGGGGUGUUGAAGCUUUUAUCACCAUUAGUGUAAAGCAGAUGGAAAUAGUAAAAAAACUAGCUGAAGAUUGUUGCAAAUAUGGAAAUGACUAUCAAAGUCCCAGUUUUGUUCUUCCAACGGCUUCUCUUGACUUUGGUACUUCUCACAGUUUGAUGGAAAAAGAGAGGGAGAAUCUUAUCAAAAUUCUUGGAGAUCAGGUCUGUGAGCCAUUGCGGGCAAUGAUAACGGGAGCUCGUUUGGAGGAUGCUCGCCUCCUGACUUAUCAUUAUGAACGGAUUAGACAAGACGUGGAAGCUCAGACAGCUGAAGUGGUAAGACGCCAAUUGAAGUCCAAGGAAGUUUCUGCUAGUGCAGAAAGUGCCAGAAAACUUCAACAUGCAGAAGCAAAAUUAUCAGAACUGAAUGCUAUUUUAUCAGCACUAGGGAGAGAAGCAACUGCUGCUAUGAUGGCUGUUGAGGCUCAACAGCAACGGAUAACUUUCCAACGACUACUUGCAAUGGUUGAUGCUGAGAGAGCUUAUCAUCAGAGUGUUGCCAGUAUUCUAGACAAUCUCCAUGAUGAGAUGGUUCAAGCAAAGCAGCAUAAUGAGUCCAUGUUACAGCCAACAACAAUCAUGACUAAGGAGCCUUCUCAAACUGUAAACGAAGAUCUGAAGACAAGUCAGUCUGCCGAUCUCUUGCAGUCAACAGAAAUUGAGAUUAACAUGCAUUCUCAAACUACAAAUGAAGAUCCCAAGUCAAGUCGAUCUGCUGAUAUCCCAGCAAAUAGCCUGACUACUACUCAUUUUGUUGCAGAAGUUAUUCAUCCAUUUGAUGCUCAAGCAGAUGGGGAGCUAAAUCUCUCGGUUGGUGAUUACGUCGUGGUCCUCCAGGUAGCACCUAAUGGAUGGUCCGAGGGCGAAUGCAAGGGAAAGGCUGGCUGGUUCCCCUCUGCUUAUAUAGAGCAGCGGGACAAAUUCCCGGAGAGCAAGGUGAUAGAGCCAUCCAUGCUGUCAUGAUCUUUACUACGCGCAAUGAAAUUCUUGUACAGGUGUUUCAUGAUUGUUCUCAUCCCCAGUUUUCUCCUAUCCUCCAUACUUUUCAGCACCAAAAUACCUCAUCUUCCAGCCUGCAUCUUCCUACUUCCAUUGUGUAUACAUCCGCUUAUCUAUUGUGCAUGUGAGAGGCCUGUAUUUUUCUCUCUUUUUUUUUUCUGCCUGUUUUCCUUGGCAAAUAGGAGUUGUAUAUUUGAUAUGACUGUGCCCAUAAUCAUUGCAUAAAUUAGGUGAUGCUUGGGAAAUUGAAUAGUUUGAAAUUGACAGUCAAAUUCUUAUGGCAGCCAACUUUCUGGUCUCAUUUUU